UCUGCCCCACAACUCUCGAUGGUACUCCUUGGGCCUCUCCACUGGGAGAAGGGGCAAGGGGAUACGCCGAAGAAAACCAUAGAGUACCCUGCCAGCCGACGAGAGGAAGAGAGAGCGGCCUCCAUCGGCCCGAAGUCCUAGAGGCGGCUGGGCCGGCGGCGGUCGCACAAAAGGAGUCCCGGGAGGCCGCUCCAGCUGCUGGCGGACCAUAGAGAGAGAGGGCUCCCGCCGGCCUUGGGCCGGGAGGUGAGUUAGUGGCUGCGGGGCGGAAACUAGUUAGGGAGUGCCUGUGGAGCGGGCUGGAGGCAAAAGUUUCUCGAACCCCAGGAUGAGGGUGGACCUGGGCGGGUGGGACCCCCUUGGAGGAGGUGCUGAAGGAAGCACGCCGACGAUCGGGGCCCCGGCGCAUCACAGCAGCCGUACCGGUGUCUCAGCCGCGUCACUGCUUUGGACCCCGCCCGGUUACCCGCUGCCUCUCCUCAGGACCGUAAUCAUGACGACGCUCCAUCCCAAGCUUUGCAGGUUACAAAACGGCUUUCCCAUUUGCUGGCUCUUGUGAUUCCCGCUCCCGCCCAACAAUGUGGACGCUGUCAUCACCUCCACUUUACAGAUAGGAAAGCUGAGGCCCUGGAAAGCACGCGCAUGUAAGAGACCACAGAACACCAGUCAGUGGUGAUGACAGACCCCGUGUUAGACUCCCAGCCAACCAACAGCACUGGGGAGAUGGAUGGACUGUGCCCUGAGCUAUUGCUGAUCCCCCCAUCUCUGUCCAACCGUGGAAUCCUGGAGCCUGUCCAGAGUCCCUGUCCUGCUGGGAACCCCCCACCUUUGCCUGCUGACCCAGGCUGCCUGCUGGUAGAGGCCACGGCCACUGAAGAGGACACAGGGAACAUGGAGAUCAUUGUGGAAGCAGUAGCUGGAAACCUGUCCCCAGGAGCUCCUGGAGAGACCCCAGGUGUCCUGGUGAAGGUGGUGGAGGUGUACUUCUGUGAGCGCUGUGAGCAGAGCUUCGCCGAGCCCACUCUGCUGGCCCUGCACCAGUGUUCUGAGACCCUCAUCCAGCCUCUGCAGGGCCUCUCUAGCCCCCCAUGCUCUGUAGAGCUGACCCCCGGCAACCUCAGUCUCUCUGGCCCUUUGCAGGGCCAGGGCCCCCAAGACAGCCCCCUGCUGUGCCCUGUGUGUAGACAGGAGUUUGUCCAACCCCAGGCCCUGAAGAGCCACUUCAAGAUUCACCGGGCCGCCCCCGACACCUUCUCCUGCCCAGAGUCUGGCUGUGUGUUCUCAGCUGAAGACCGCAAGGGCCUGCAGCAGCACCUGAGGCAGGCCCACACUGCGGCGCCCGUGCCCUGUUCUUUCCGGGGCUGCCCCCUGCUCUUCGGGGGCCGGGAGGGCAUGGAGCUGCACCGGCGGGCCCAUUACCCUUUCCACUGCGACCGCUGCAGCUUCGUGGGCUCCAACGUCAAACUCUUCCGGCAGCAUCAGCGGAGCCACGGCGCUGGGACCCAGGGAGAACUGGCUGCCCUUCGGGGUUUUCCACCCCAGGAGCUGCUUCCAGCAAUCAGACUGCCCCCUAGAGAGGGAGAGCCUUCGGAACCGGCAGACACGCCCUUGCCCAGGCGAGAGUCAGCUGACGAGGAGGACGUAGAGGAAGAGGAGGCGGGUGGCACCCUGAAGGACUCCCAGAAUGCCCCAGAGAAAGCCCAGGGGGCUCAGCAGGUAGAAGGGGAUGUGGCUCCUGGCACCGAGUCCCUCUUCAAGACGCACAUGUGUCCAGAAUGCAAGCGCUGCUUUAAGAAGCGGACCCAUUUGCUGGAGCACCUGCAUCUCCACUUCCCGGACCCCAGCCUCCAGUGCCCCAACUGCCAGAAGUUCUUCACCAGUAAGAGCAAGCUCAAGACCCAUCUGCUGCGGGAGCUGGGCCAGAAGGCCCACCGCUGCCCGCUCUGCCACUACAGUGCCGUGGAGAGGAACGCGCUCAACCGCCACAUGGCCAGCAUGCACGAGGACAUCUCCAACUUCUACUCAGACACCUACGCCUGUCCCGUGUGCCGCGAGGAAUUCCGCCUCAGCCAGGCCCUCAAGGAGCACCUCAAGACCCACACGGCGGCGGCGGCAGAGCCACUGCCCCUCCGCUGCUUUCAGGAAGGCUGCGGCUACGCGGCCCCCGACCGCAAGGCCUUCGUGAAGCACCUGAAGGAGACGCACAGCGUGCGGGCCGUGGAGUGCCGCCACCACUCUUGUCCCAUGCUCUUCGCCACAGCUGAAGCCAUGGAGGCCCAUCACAAGAGCCACUACGCCUUCCACUGCCCGCACUGUGACUUUGCCUGCUCCAAUAAGCACCUGUUCCGCAAACACAAGAAGCAAGGCCACCCUGGCAGUGAAGAGCUGCGCUGCACCUUCUGCCCCUUUGCCACCUUCAACCCAGUGGCCUACCAGGACCACGUGGGCAAGAUGCACGCCCACGAGAAGAUCCACCAGUGCCCUGAGUGCAGCUUUGCCACCGCCCACAAGAGGGUGCUCAUCCGCCACAUGCUGCUGCACACCGGCGAGAAACCACACAAGUGCGAGCUGUGUGACUUCACGUGCCGAGACGUGAGUUACCUGUCCAAGCACAUGCUGACCCACUCCAACACCAAGGACUACAUGUGCACCGAGUGUGGCUAUGUCACCAAGUGGAAGCACUACCUGAGCGUGCACAUGCGGAAACACGCAGGGGACCUCAGGUACCAGUGCAACCAGUGCUCGUACCGCUGCCACCGGGCUGACCAGCUGAGCAGCCACAAGCUGCGCCACCAGGGCAAGUCCCUGAUGUGUGAGGUGUGUGCCUUCGCGUGCAAGCGCAAGUACGAGCUGCAGAAGCACAUGGCUUCCCAGCACCAGCCCGGCACACCCGCCCCGCUCUACCCCUGCCGCUACUGCAGCUACGAGAGCCGCCACAAGCAGGCCCUGCUCAGCCACGAGAACUGUAAGCACACGCGCCUCCGGGAGUUCCGCUGCGCCCUCUGCGACUACCGCACCUUCAGCAACACCACGCUCUUCUUCCACAAGCGCAAGGCCCACGGCUACGUGCCCAGGGACCAGGUGUGGCGUGUGGACCAGCUCCGCCCUGCCAGCCAGGAGCCAGAGGGGGCCGGGCAGUGCCCGACACCCCCACCGGACUCCGAGCCCUCGAGCCAGCUGUCUGGCCAGCCUGAGACGCCAGACCAGGACCCCGGGGCUGUGCUGGACCCCAGCGUGGACCAGGCCCCACCAGAGCCCAGCGAGGAGGACCGCACCGAGAGGCCGGACGGCAGCGAGGUUCUGCGGGGGGAUGACCUGGUCGGCAGCCCCAGUCCGGCUGAGGCAGAUGAGGGUGGCUGCACACUGCACCUCGAGGCCCUGGGGGUAGAGCUGGAGCCGGUGGCUGGGCCGCCCCUCGAGGAGAUCGCUGAAACUGCCCCUGCGGAGUUCAGGCCCCUGGAUCCGUCAGAGCCCCUGAGCCUGGAAGGGCCAGAUGCAACUUUGACAGAGCUAUCUGCCUUUGAAGGUGCUGAGACGUCUGGUUUGGAUGCUGAAGCAGAGCCUGUUCUGGAAAAGCCAGUCCCUGAAAGCCCCGGAAACCCCCCUUCCUCGGAGGAGCCCCCUGACAGCUGGGCCGGAACCUUCAAGGCAGCUCUGCCUGCUGAGACCGCUCCCCUCCCCCAGUUCCCAGAGUCCGAGUCCUUACUCAAGGCGCUGCGGAGACAGGACAAGGAGCAGGCCGAGGCUCUGGUGCUGGAGGGCCGGGUUCAGAUGGUCGUGAUACAGGGAGAGGGGCGGGCCUUCCGCUGCCCACACUGCCCUUUUAUCACCCGCCGGGAGAAGGCCCUGAGUGUCCACACCCGGACCGGGUGCCAGGGCCGCCGGGAGCCCCUGCUGUGCCCCGAGUGUGGGGCCAGCUUCAAGCAGCAGCGUGGCCUCAGCACCCACCUGCUGAAGAAAUGCCCUGUUCUGCUCAGAAAGAACAAGGGCUUGCCUGGACCAGCCUCACCCAUCCCUCUUCACCCUCCGCCUCUGGGCACCCAGGCCCCAGGGGAUGCAGAAGGGGGCAAGGCACCACCUGCACCGCUUGAAGUAGAGCUGAUGCUCCCAAGAGAUGCUCCCUCCUCGCCUCCCAGGGAACCAGGAGUAGAGGAGCCUCCUGGCACACCCUGUGUCUCCGCUGCCCCUCCCGCAAGCAACCCCUUGCCUGCAGAGACCCCUGAGAAGUUCUGCUUCAAGCAGGGCAAGUUUCACUGCAACUCCUGCACGUUCCUUUGUUCUCGGCUUUCCUCCAUUACCUCUCAUGUGGCCGAAGGCUGCCGGGGGGGACGUGGUGGGGGAGGAAAGCGGGGGACUGCCCAGCCCCAGCCUGUCGCAUCCCUCCUGGGUGAGGGAGACUCUGCGCCCCUGAACAGCAACACAGAGUGCAGCCCGGGGAACAGGGACACGACUCCGGUGCCAAAGCAGAAGGGGGCCCGCUUCUCCUGCCCCACGUGUCCCUUUAGCUGCCAGCAGGAGCGGGCGCUGCGGACUCACCAGACCCGGGGCUGCCCCCUCAAGGAGUCUGGCGAGCUGCGCUGCGGCCUCUGCACGUUCACGGCCACCGCUGCGGCCGCCCUGAGGCUGCACCGGAAGCGGAGGCACCCCAGCUCGGUGCCUGCUCGGGCACCACGUCCGCCUCUGCAGUGCGCGGACUGUGGCUUCACCUGCAAGCAGGGCCGCUGCCUGCAGCAGCACCGGCGGCUCAAGCACGAGGGAGUGAAGCCGCACCAGUGCCCCUUCUGUGACUUUUCCACCACCAGACGGUACCGCUUAGAGGCACACCAGUCGCGACACACGGGCGUUGGCCGCAUCCCCUGCAGCUCCUGUCCCCAGACGUUUGGUACCAACUCAAAACUGCGCUUGCACCGGCUAAGGGUACAUGACAAAACACCCACCCACUUCUGUCCCCUCUGUGACUACAGUGGCUACCUUCGCCAUGACAUCACUCGCCACGUCAACAGCUGCCACCAGGGCACCCCUGCCUUUGCCUGCCCGCGCUGCGAGGCCCAGUUCAGUUCCGAGACGGCGCUCAAGCAGCACGCCCUUCGCCGACAUCCUGAGCCUGCGCCCCCGGCCCCCGGCUCUCCCGCUGAGGCCGCCGAGGGCCCCCUGCACUGCUCCCGCUGUGGGCUGCUAUGCCCCAGCCCUGCCAGUCUGCGAGGACACACCCGGAAACAGCACCCGCGGCUGGAGUGCGGGGCCUGCCAGGAGGCCUUCCCCAGCCGGCCGGCGCUGGACGAGCACCGGAGACAGCAGCAUUUCAGCCACCGCUGCCAGCUCUGCGACUUCGCAGCCCGGGAGCGGGCGGGCCUGGUGAAGCACUACUUGGAGCAGCAUGAGGCGGCGGCCUCGGAAGGCGCGGCGGGUGCCAGCCAGCCCCCGCUGCGCUGCCCCUUUUGUGACUUUACGUGCCACCAUCAGCUGGUGCUGGACCACCACGUGAAAGGGCACGGGGGCACCCGGCUCUACAAGUGCACCGACUGCGCUUACAGCACCAAGAACCGGCAGAAGAUCACGUGGCACAGCCGCAUCCAUACCGGGGAAAAGCCCUACCGCUGCCACCUCUGUCCCUAUGCCUGUGCUGACCCCUCCCGGCUCAAGUACCAUAUGCGGAUCCACAAGGAAGAACGCAAGUAUCUGUGCCCUGACUGUGGCUACAAGUGCAAGUGGGUCAACCAGCUCAAGUACCACAUGACCAAGCACACAGGACUGAAGCCAUACCAGUGUCCCGAGUGUGAGUACUGUACCAACCGGGCCGAUGCGCUGCGUGUGCACCAGGAGACGCGGCACCGGGAGGCCCGGGCCUUCAUGUGCGAGCAGUGCGGCAAGGCCUUCAAGACCCGCUUCCUGCUGCGCACCCACCUCCGCAAGCACAGCGAGGCCAAGCCCUACGUGUGCAACGUGUGCCACCGUGCUUUCCGCUGGGCUGCCGGCCUGCGCCAUCACGCUCUCACCCACACCGACCGCCACCCCUUCUUCUGCCGCCUCUGCAGCUACAAGGCCAAGCAGAAGUUCCAGGUGGUUAAGCACGUGCGCAGGCACCACCCCGACCAGGCCGACCCGAACCAAGGAGUGGGCAAAGACCCCACCACCCCCACCGUGCACCUGCAUGACGUGCAGUUGGAGGACCCUGGCCCCCCUGCUCCUGCUGCUCCUCCAACUGGACCUGAGGGCUGAGAGCCCACCCCACCUCUUGGCGGGUGUGGUCCAAGACGUGCAGACUGGAGGCAGUGCAAGCCUGGAGCUCAGGGCCUGAGGAAAGGCUAGCUUCGAGGUGCCCCAGGGGGGCUGGAGGCCUCCUGGGACCCAGGCUACUGUACUUUGAAGUUGAUGGCCAUGUAUAUAAAAGAGCGACGUGGACCACAAGUUGUUUUCCUGUUGAGGCACACUGGUUUUAACCUGUGAGUUCCUGCUUUCUUCACCAUCCCUCCACCGAAGUCCCUGGCUCUAAGACAUUGGUUUUACCCGUUCUGUCUCCCCCUUUCUUCUUGCUGUCAAGUCCUGUUUUCUUGCAGCGCCCCCAGAACAGUUGUCUCUAACUGCAUGUGCUGUUGUGCCCAGUGCUCUCUAAAGCAUGUUAAACAGAGUGAUCACUCACUAGCUUACAGA